GGGUGGCGAGGGCCGCUGAAGAGAAGCACCGACCAUUUCGUCUGCUGUGCCUCCACUCGUGGGCGUGGGACGUGGGUGGAAAACGGGCCCCCUUCCUCCCGCGGGGCUGAGGGCCGCCGCCGUCCCGCGUGCGUGCCGCGCCGCCGUGGGCCGGGGUCCGCCAGCGGGCAAGGGGCUGCCGGCGUGCCCGCCGUCGCGAUCGCGUCCCCGCGCCGAGCCCCGGCUCCACUCGAGAUCUCUCUUCCCCCUCUUCUGCAGGUUCGCCAGCGGCGUCAUGGCUCAGAGGGCCUUUCCGAAUCCUUAUGCCGAUUAUAACAAGUCCCUGGCCGAAGGCUACUUCGAUUCUACCGGGAGGCUGACUCCCGAGUUCUCGCAGCGCUUGACCAAUAAGAUCCGUGAGCUCCUUCAGCAAAUGGAAAGAGGCCUAAAGUCAGCAGAUCCUCGGGAUGGCACUAGCUACACCGGCUGGGCAGGCAUCGCUGUGCUUUACUUACAUCUCUAUGAUGUGUUUGGGGACCCUGCCUACUUGCAGAUGGCGCACGGCUAUGUAAAGCAAAGCCUAAACUGUUUGAGCAAGCGUUCCAUCACCUUCCUGUGUGGCGAUGCAGGCCCCCUGGCUGUGGCUGCUGUGCUGUAUCACAAGAUGAACAGUGAGAAGCAGGCAGAGGAUUGUAUCACACGGCUCAUGCACCUAAAUAAGAUUGAUCCCCAUGCACCAAACGAAAUGCUCUAUGGCCGCAUAGGCUACAUCUUCGCUCUGCUUUUUGUCAAUAAGAACUUUGGAGAGGAGAAGAUCCCGCAGAGCCAUAUUCAGCAGAUUUGUGAAACAAUCUUAAAUUCUGGAGAAAACCUAGCUAGAAAGAGAAACUUCACAGCAAAGUCUCCACUGAUGUAUGAGUGGUACCAGGAAUAUUACGUGGGAGCUGCUCAUGGCCUGGCAGGAAUCUAUUACUACCUAAUGCAGCCCAGCCUUCAUGUGAGCCAAGCAAAGUUACAUAGUUUGGUGAAGCCCAGUGUAGACUUUGUCUGCCAGCUGAAGUUCCCUUCUGGCAAUUACCCUCCAUGUUUGGAUGAUAGCAGAGACCUGCUUGUCCACUGGUGCCACGGUGCUCCCGGGGUCAUCUACAUGCUCAUCCAGGCCUACAAGGUGUUCAGAGAGGAGCAGUACCUCUGUGAUGCCUACCGGUGCGCUGAUGUGGUCUGGCAGUACGGACUGCUCAAGAAGGGCUAUGGGCUGUGCCAUGGAGCUGCAGGGAACGCAUACGCCUUCCUGGCUCUCUUCAACCUCACACGAGAUGUGAAGUUCCUGUACAGGGCCUGUAAGUUUGCUGAGUGGUGCUUAGAUUAUGGAGAACACGGAUGCAGGACACCAGAUACCCCCUUCUCCCUCUUUGAAGGGAUGGCUGGAACAAUCUAUUUCUUGGCUGACAUGUUAGUCCCCACCAAGGCCAAGUUCCCUGCAUUUGAACUCUGAACGGAAAGCGUGUCCCCUGCAGCAUGACCCCUCUGUGUCUUCCAGCCUGGGCUAAGUGUUUCUAUUGCUUCUGAAGGAGCAGAAUGAAACCGUCUACUUGA